CCCAGGUCGAAUUUCCUCGGAGGCUGCUGAUCCGCGAAGCUCCCACCUUCGCUUUGAGCUCGUUGCAGCCGUUCUGUCCCGCGCCCUCCGGAGCCCCGGACCGGACCAUGAUGUGGAAACACUGGCUUGCGCUCGCGUUCGUGGCCGUCGCCUGGGUCCACGCCGAGGAAGAACUAAGAAGCAAAUCCAAAAUCUGUGCCAAUGUGUUCUGUGGAGCCGGCAGGGAAUGUGCCGUCACAGAGAAGGGAGAGCCCACAUGCCUCUGCAUUGAGCAAUGCAAACCUCACAAGAGGCCUGUGUGUGGCAGUAAUGGCAAGACCUACCUCAACCACUGUGAGCUGCAUCGCGAUGCCUGCCUUACUGGAUCCAAAAUCCAGGUUGAUUAUGAUGGACACUGCAAGGAGAAGAAAUCUGUAAGUCCAUCUGCCAGCCCAGUCGUUUGCUAUCAGGCCAAUCGAGAUGAGCUUCGGCGUCGCAUUAUCCAGUGGCUGGAAGCUGAGAUCAUUCCAGACGGCUGGUUCUCUAAAGGCAGCAACUACAGUGAAAUCCUAGACAAGUACUUUAAGAAUUUUGAUAAUGGCGACUCUCGCCUGGAUUCCAGUGAGUUCCUGAAAUUUGUGGAGCAGAAUGAAACUGCCAUUAACAUCACCACCUAUGCAGACCAGGAGAACAACAAGCUGCUCAGAGGACUCUGUGUCGAUGCGCUCAUUGAACUGUCCGAUGAAAAUGCCGACUGGAAACUCAGCUUCCAAGAGUUCCUCAAAUGCCUCAACCCAUCUUUCAACCCUCCUGAGAAGAAGUGCGCCCUGGAGGAUGAAAGGUAUGCAGAUGGAGCCGAGACCGAGGUGGAUUGUAACCGCUGUGUCUGUGCCUGUGGGAACUGGGUCUGCACAGCCAUGACCUGUGAUGGAAAGAAUCAGAAGGGGACCCAGACCCAGACAGAGGAGGAGGUGACCAGAUAUGUCCAGGAGCUCCAAAAGCACCAGGAAACAGCUGAAAAGACCAAGAAGGUGAGCACUAAAGAGAUCUAAGAAGAGGCACUUAGACACAGUGUCUGGAACCCAGCACCUUCUCUUCCACUCCAGCGCUGAGUCCAGUAUACGCAAGUGUCUGCUAAAAUCGCCAAAUCACCAGUAUUUGCUUAUAUAGCAAUGAAUUUUAUUUUGUUUAUUUGUUUUGCAAUAAAGGAAGUGGGGGUGGCUGGCUAGUAGGGGAAGGGCCAUAGCCUUCAUUUCUAGGAGUACUUCCAGAGAAACUGUGCUCUGGGGCUAGAGGCAAGUAAAGAAACUGCAUCAGGGUGGGGAGGGAGCAGACCCAGAUCUGAAGCCUUUCUGAGUCCACCACAGCUGUGUGCAGACUGCAGGGAGAGACACGCAGUGCCAGAGAAGACUGAGCAGGCCGUCCCUGCAGGAGGACAGUGGAGAGGAACUCAUUCUGCUUUCAGCCCAUGCUGUUGCUACUGUCAGCAUGACAGACCUCCAGCAUCUCUGCUUCUCCAUUGCCUUUAGAUACACAACCACCCUGUUAGUUA